AUGAUUAGAGGGUGCCUGUUAGUUUUGUUCUUUUUAAUCACUGUGAAGACUUCAGUUUCUCGUCCAUUCGCAUGGUCUAAAGGUGACAUGCAACCAGGCCAAAACUACCAAGGCGAAAGUGGGUCGGGCCGUGGGCCCAAUUGGGAUUACAACUGGGGUUGGGGAUCUGCUCCAGGAUCCGGAUGGGGUUACGGGUCAGGUUCCGGUAGAUCGCCUACGGGAUGGGGAAGAGGAUCCGGAUACGGGUUUGGAUCCGGAUCCGGAUCAGGUAGCGGAUAUGGAUAUGGCUCUGGAGGUGGCGGAGCACGUGGUGGUGGGUAUGGUUACGGUAGCGGAAAUGGUCGGUCCGGUGGAGGUGGAUAUGGUGGCGGUGGUGGUUACAACGGUGCAGUUGCCACUUUGAGCCACGGUAGUAAGUCUCAUCCAUGA